AUGGCCGAUUACAUGCCUGCUCUUCCUGCAUUCCUGCCCCAGCAAGACGGAUGGAGGCAUAGGCCAGCCCAAUAUCGGCACAACCCUUGUAUGCCCAAAGGAUGGUACCAAGACGGGCGAAAACUCCACAACGUGAAAACAGAAAAGGCUUUCGUCUGGCCAAAAGAUGGGAGAAAUGGUUCAAAAUGGGGUCGGCUCAAGGACGUACUCCAAAACAAAGGGCCGGAUAUCUUCGUCGCCUUUGGUGCUCACAAGGCAGACUGCGUGUCUAAUCGCCCAUCCCGAGCUCAAUGGGCCGGUCAUGUACACCUCGACGACCGCGGUACGACACUCGGUUUCAAUCCGCAAAAGUUUGCUCCGUGGACCGGAAAUGGUAUGCUCGGCGGAAGAGACGCUGGCCUCAGUUACGACUUUCGAACGCGGAAACAUGUGGAACCCAACACGGAUAUGUGGACAGAUGCAAUAUGGCAGGCAGAGCCAUACAAAAACAGAAAGUGGAAUAAUUAUCCGGAAGCUGUCCGCAUGUGGAACGGCCGCUGGGUCCAAGACAUUCAAUAUCUACCGUUUCCUUUUGGUAGACAUAAUGGAGUUUUCUGUGGGUAA